GCUAAAAAAUUGAAAACCUCGUUAACCGUUUUUCAUUCUUGUUCGUGUAAAUUGGAGAUGGAUAAGAGCAUUUUUAAUGGCAUGUCUGGUCUUCCUGAAGAGGAUAAGCAACGAAUGUCCACCAUGGUAGACCAGCUACAAAUUCGAGACAGUCUAAGGAUGUAUAAUUCAUUAGUGGAGCGAUGUUUCAAGGAUUGUGUCGAUACAUUCUAUCAGAAAUCCCUAACCAAAAACGAGGAAACGUGUGUUCUCAGGUGUGCCGAAAAAUUCAUGAGGCUUUCCAUGCAAGUUGGUUCCAGAUUUUCAGAUCUUGACCAAGCAGAUUCCAAGAACAAAGUAGCAUGCCGUUGUUGAAGAAGGCUCCCAAUAGAUGCUUUUCUAGCUUCUAAAGUUGUUCAAGUCCAUGUUGUUGUUCUUUUUCUAUUUUGUUUUUCAAUUUGAAAGAUAAUCAUUUUCUGAAGCAUUUAGUUUUGUAUUUACAUUUUAGUAUGGAAAAGUAAGAAGUUUGGCAU